UCCAGCCACCUCGCGUCUUGUCUCGUCGCGUCGUCGUCGUCCCUGGUCUCUCCACAUCACGAUUCAAUGGCGCCCUCAACCCUGACCGAAGGAAUGGAAGACCGGAUCUCGGAUGUCGAGGAAGUGAAACUACUGGAGGAUGUCAAGGACAAGAUGGAAGAUGGAGUGGUGGAGCCACCAGAUUGGCUACCAGAUGGUUGGAUCAUGGAGGUCAGACGUGGUGACGAUGGUGCCCUCUAUCGGUAUUACAUAUCUCCAGUGUCAGGGGCCAAAUUCAGGAUGAAGUCUGAAGUCUUGAACUACCUUUUCUCUGAGAUUGAUGAGCACUUCAUAGAAGCCAAGGAGUCUGUUGCUCGUAGCAUGCUUGUUAGGUCACAUGAAUGGCUUCCAAAGGGGUGGUUGAUCGAGAUCAGAGCGGGCGGACAAAACAUGGACAAGAUGUACAAGUUUUAUGUUUAUUCGGCACUUGGAGUACGAGUAUUUUGUAAAGAAGAUGUACUACUAUAUGUUAAGGAAAUGAAGAUCGCCAAUUGUGAUACAAAUGGACAAUGCGACACUAACUCUCGAGAUAAUAUCCUUGCAGAAGUGGAGUUCAACCCAUUUGGGUUGCCACAUGGUUGGGUGAAAGAAAUUGUAUACAGAAAAACAUUGGAAGGAAUAAGGAAAGACCCGUACUACACGGACCCUGUUAAUCAAUAUGUAUUCAGGACAUUAACAUCUGCAGUUCGCUACCUUGAGACGGGAAAAGUUACAAAACGUGCAUUUUUUGCAAGGACAAGUGUCCACGAACUGUACAAUUUUGAGAAGUCUGCAGAUCUGCAUGAGUGUUUGCGCAAAAGGUUGACAAAAAAUGUGAUGACUGAUACAACACAUGCAACUCCGUCGAGACCUAGAAGAUCAAAAAGUGUGGAAAAGAUAAAUCUCAAUGAGAAAAAAUUAUGGCUUUACGAGGACAGCAACACCUCUACGGACUUAGAUUCACCAGAUGAGAACCAAGAAAUCAGGAAGAGAAGCUUGAAGGCUAAAGGGAAAGAAGCAUACUCCUCCAAAACUAUAAGGCGUCCAAGAGGGAGGCCAUCCAAAGUAGCGAAGGAAACUGAUGGAGACAUAUCUGCGGAAAAAGAAUAGAUGAUGAAAACGAAAAAUGACCAGGUCUAAACUGGAAAACAAAUAUGGGACUAGGCAGUGAAGAAAUGGUUGGCACAUUGAACCGGGAUCUGGACUAUGGAAAGCACCAAUGGAAGUUACAAUUAAUAUUUGGCCAUAAUUUUGUAUUGUUUGAUGUUUUAGUACAAAAUUUAGUCGGUUUUUAGAUUAAAAGGGUGAUACGAUCCCCUAGACUUAAUUGGUUCGAAUGAUGGUCGAACACUUCAGAAAGUUAUCCAAAUUGUUUGUGCUAAUAUUUUUCCUACAACAUGAUAGUUUUUAUUUA